UUUAGCAAACGUUAUAUGUGUCGAAAAGAAGAGAAUGUGAUAAAGAACCUCUUUUUCUCUCUCUUUGUUUGGGUACGGUUUGGUUGUGACCACUGUCCUGUUCCGGUUUCUGUUUCCUUUGAGAGCAGAAGAAUCAAAUCAAUUCUUCACCGUGCUCAUUUUUCGUUCAAAACAAAUGGCGUCGAGUAUAGGGAUGAUGGAUAGCGCAUACUUUGUCGGCAGAAAUGAGAUUCUCACUUGGAUCAACAAUCGCCUUCAACUUAACCUCACUCGCAUUGAGGAGGCUGCAUCUGGCGCUGUACAAUGCCAGAUGAUGGACAUGACAUAUCCAGGGGUUGUUCCAAUGCACAAGGUGAAUUUUGAUGCAAAAACAGAGUAUGAUAUGAUUCAGAAUUACAAAGUUCUACAGGAUGUGUUCAACAAGCUGAAAAUUGAGAAGCAUAUUGAAGUUGGAAGGCUUGUUAAAGGCCGACCUUUGGACAACUUGGAGUUCCUUCAAUGGCUAAAACGCUAUUGUGAUUCUGUCAAUGGAGGCAUUAUGAAUGAGAACUAUAAUCCUGUCGAGCGUAGGAAUAGUAAGGGUGGAAACCGAAAUGUCAAGGGUCUAAAGGGAUCAAAAUCACUGCAAACAAAUACUAUGAAUCAUCCUGGUUCAGGCGACUCACUCAGUAUGAACAGAACAUUUGGGUCCAAGCAAUUGAGGUCGAGUGGAGGAGCAGACGGUGCUAAUGCUUCAGCUGAUAUUCAGGCUUUGUCCAAGCAGGUUUGUGAUCUCAAACAGUCAGUGGAUCACUUGGAAAAAGAAAGAGACUUUUACUUCGCAAAAUUAAGGGAUAUAGAAAUUCUUUGUCAGGCUUCAGCACUGGAGGAUGAUCCUAUGUCUCUGGCAAUUAAGAAGAUUUUGUAUGCGGCUGAUGCAAAAGGAUCAGCAUUAGAUGAAGCUCAAGAGUACCUUAAUGAUGUCAUCAAUGGUGUUGAAGAUGAAGGUGAAGGUGAAGGUGAAGGUGAAGGUGAAGAUGAAGGUGAAGGUGAAGUUGAAGAUGAAAUUAAAACCUGAUUACUCUUACAAAAUGAUCCUGGCUGGUAUGAACUGGAGUUACUGCUAUCUGUGAUGACUGAGACUAGUUAUCCUUCUCCAUGCCAUGGCCAUGAAGUGCCAUAAUGACAUAGCUGUAGUUUUAUGGAUCUUUUGUUUCUUGUUGUAAACCUGGAUGGAUAAUCAAAUAUUCUGGUUGAUGUUUCCAAUAGAGUUAAUCUCACUUGUCCUUGAUAUCUGUUAAAAAAUAACUUCAAUGAACUUUUUUUGAAAUGGAUAUGUUUCAACCCUUUCCUA